AUGGCUGGACACCUGCUGUUAGUCGUCCUCAUGUCUCUUCAUCCACCUAAACUGACAGUGAAUCCAGCGGUGAUCACAGAGACAGAAACAGUCACACUGAACUGUCAGACUCCAUCAUCUGUUUCUGUGUCUCAGUGUUAUUUCCGCAUUGGAAGAGGAAAACCAGGCAAAGUCUUCUCAUGUCUGAAGACACUGACAGGGACUGAGCUGCUGGAGAUGACACACCAGAGUUCACCUGCUGAGGUUAAAGUGACAUGUUUUUAUCUCUACAGUUCUUCAUCUCCUGACAGUGACGUUUCCUCCAUCAUCAUCAGAACAUCUCUUCCACCUAAACUGACAGUGAAUUCAGUGGUGAUCAACGACAUAGACUCAGUCACACUGAACUGUCAGCCUCCAUCAACUGUUUCUGUGUCUCAGUGUCAUUUCUACACUGUAAAUGGAGGAACAGCCAAAGUCCUCUCAUGUCUACAAACACUGACAGCUACUGAGCUGCUGGAGAUGGCACAUCAGAGUUCACCUGCCAAGAUUCAAGUGACGUGUUUUUACACUGUAAAGAUUGGAGAGUUAAACUAUCCAUCUCCACACAGUGGCACAUCCUCCAUCACCAUACACAGUUAUAAACCACAGAUGAGUCUUCAACAUUUUGAUGGUGACCACGUUCUCUUUACCUGCUCUCUGCCUGGACCUGCUGAUCAUGAUACAAAAUGUAACCUGUACUUUGGAGAAGCAAGUCGGUCAGUCCUAACAAGAAACAUCUCGGGGAAGAGGACCUCAAAAAAUCAAUCUUUCUGCCAGUUUGCUGUCACAAUUGAUAUUUUGCUGAGACUUCUACGUUCAGUUCAACAAAGUGAUGCCAGCUGUGAUUACACUUUGGGAAGAGAACUCAACUCUUUGUCUCCUCGCAGUGACAGAUACAACCUGAAUGCUAUUGUGGAAAAAGAGUCAAGCGUGACACAGACUGUGACAAUAUCUCUGAUGACCACAGGUCUGACUGUUAGCAUGCCUUGUGCCUCCACUACUGUAACUCCUGUAACAUCAGGGUCAGCUGUCAGUACACCAAGUAUCGCUAUUGGUUUUAUCUCUACUUCAGUAAAACCGGCACCAGAUACCAGUAUGACUGCUCUGAAUCCAGGAUCUGGUGAUGAAACAACAGGUUGGAGUGUCAGCACGGCUGGCACUAAAGAAGUCUCUAACCCUGCAACCCCUCAGGAAACAGCUUCAGGAAUGCGGAUUUGGAGGUUUGUAGCAGUUGUGGCUGGUUGUGGAGUAACUGUGGGGGUCCUUGUGCUGGUUUCUGCAAUGCUCUGUAAAAGAAGAACUGUAGCAGGUUCUGGGGAAGUGAAAAGGCAGGAGCCUCAAAAUGAGAAUUUUGAAACAUACCAUUUGUACGCCACCAUCGCUGAGGAGCCAGCAGCAUCAGACCUGAAGGGGAUAAAGUACAGCACAGUGCAGAAACACUGACACUGUUUUAUACUGUAUUCACCUUAUUCCUGAGGGCACUACUGUAGAAAUAAUUAUGGGUGCAAAUUCCAGUGAGAUAGCAGAAGUAGCAGUAAGCUAGUUAGUCUCAUAGACUGUGGUUAGUCAGUGGCUACUCUUGGUAGCUAACCGCCAACGCUGGUUCUUUUCUAAACUAAUUUGCCUUCAGUUUAGCAAAUUUUUUUAACGAAUAUUUAACUAAUGUUAACUAACUGUUAACUGUCUGUAAUGACUAACGACCAGUCCAAGCUAAUUUUUUGUCUUCAGCAACUGUGUGUUGACUGUGUAACCAGAACAAAAAUGUAUGAUGUAUAAUCCACAGCACGGGUUCCAAACAUGUCAUUUUUUCAGUUUAAGAUUGAAAAUGUAUUUAGUUUUACUCUUAUAUUGUGUAACUAAAGUGGAAUUUCACUCUUUAUUGUAAUUUUUGUUUUGUUUUCUAAUGGUUUUCUCAUUAAUGUUGAUAUUUCUUAUUUUUUUGUAUCUGGAUUUUUUUUUUCUUCGGAGCCUUCUGUGACUACGCAUUAUGA